AUGGCCGGAAGGAGGGAUGUGUGGCGCUUCGACACGCCAUUUAUUACCAGCGACUAUCGAAGAUCAAAUCGUCAGUUCCGAGCUUUAGUGGGAACUCUAUCACUUGCCGGCGUCGCUCUUUUUCUGUUUUGUCUUCUUCUUCCAAAUGCUUCCACCGAUCCUUCCAUUCUUGCCGUCCGCAGCGGCUACAACGCUACCUAUCCUCUCACACAGCCUGUAUAUACUGGACACGAAGUCCUCUUCAAAAUCGGAAUUAUUUCUGACCCCGACAAAGCGAGUCGCUCCGACGAUUCUUACAAAUCCUACAUGAAAUACGGCUACCUAACGAUCAAUCAAAAAGAAAAGUCAGCCAAAGUCUCUUGGACAAAACCGGAAAUGGUGAAAUCAGGCUAUUCGCUCUCCGGAAGAGGGAUGGAGCUCUCAGAUCUGAUUGUUUUCAACGGCGAUAUUUUGACAGUGGAUGACCGAUCCGGAAUCGUUUUCAAAAUCAUUCCAACAUCAAAAGGCCACAAACUCGUUCCCUGGCAAAUUCUCAGCGACGGAGACGGACUCCAAGAAAAGGGCUUCAAAGCAGAAUGGAUGACAAUCAAAGACAACUAUCUCUACGUCGGUGGUCUUGGUAAAGAAUGGGCAGACUCGAACGGGAAUAUCUUCCACCGAAAUCCAGAAUGGGUGAAGAAGAUUUCACCCGCGGGAGAAGUUCAACAUCUCAACUGGGGAGCGAAUUUUGACAGUUUGAGAGGCGCGCUUGGUUACACUUAUCCUGCUUAUUUAUUGCAUGAAGCGGGGAACUGGAGCCCUGUGCACAAGAAAUGGUUCUUUCUUCCGAGAAGAACUUCUAUGGAGCCGUACGAUGAAGUUCUCGACGAGCAACGUGGAGGAAACAUUCUGAUUAGAGCGAAUGAAAAUUUCACGGGAGUUCAAUCGACGACCAUUGGUGAGAGUCGGCCUUCCAGAGGUUUUUCCGCCUUUCGAUUCAUCCCUGGGACAGAUGACAACCUGAUAAUCGCCCUGAAGACUGCAGAAAAUCCCGAAACAAAAAAGAUGAAAACAUACGUCACGGUUUUCACCGUUGACGGCCAGAUUUACCUCGAUGAUCAACACGUGGAAGAAGACAAAUAUGAAGGCAUCGACUUUUUGUAG